UUUCCAAAAUGAAAUUGGCAAAAAUAAAAGGUCAUGAAAAUAUCAGCACCCAACUUUUAUUAAAUAAAUUAACAACUUUUGCAUACGCAAAUACCAAUUGGAGCCAAGUAUAGGUAUUGGAGGAAGUGAGACGAAAGGAAAGGAGUGAGAGAGUAAGUAAUAAGUGAACAGAAAGGAGAUGGCAAGUGUAAUUUUGUGUGGGAUUGGGAUUUGUGCGCAGUGCAUGCACACACGACUGACACGACGGCGUCGACGGACUCGACGGCACGAUUCACUAGACUCAGUUUCUCGUCACCAGCCAGCCAUUAGUGCAAUUUGGACGCACAUAAAUUAUCUUGGAGCCCACAACUACGGAGGUACGGAGUCCACACUUGUAGGUAUAAUACACACCUUCCCACACAUCGGAAUCAGCGGGGGCUGGCAAGGGGGGGCUUGUUCAAUUGUAAUUAUGUUCAUUAUCAUUGCCCCAAACGCGAGCAAGGGAACGAAAAGCGAUCGUGUGCAACAGCUAUUGGUAUCAGUGCAGAAAUGAUGAGUGGGAUUUAAUCGUCAUUUAAUCGUCGCACAUAUACAUGCGAUGUAGCCUAACCUAAUACAGUGUGUCGUUGCAAGCAAAAGUUGAGGAAAAGCAACAGUUGCACUCAAGUUAGAGCAACGACAACAUCAUUAUUAAUUACUUGAUCGAUGAAGCACCUGAUAUUGGGUUGCCAUCUCCCCGAUAUCGUUAGCAGCAAUACCAUCAAGAUGCUCAAAACGAACCAGGAGAUCGUUCACGAGGGAUGGCUCAUCAAGUCACCACCCGAAUCCCUAUGGAAAGCGCGAUGGAUGAAAAGGUGGUUUACUCUUCGUCAAAGUGGAGAACUGCCUGGACAAUACAUCUUGGAGUAUUAUGAAGGAAAUAGCAAAAAGAAAUUAAAGGGCCAAAUCGAUCUAGACCAGUGUACAGAGGUUGAUUCGGGGUUGCAGCACCAACACAAAAAGCGUAUAUAUGCGCACGUGUUUAAAUUAAAGACCCCCAAAAGGACCUACUAUCUUGCAGCCGACAAUGAGGCUGAUAUGAAUAAAUGGGUGCAUAUAGUUUGCCAAGUUUGUGGCAUGAAGGAAAGCGACGGGGAGCAACGGUCACGAGUGAUCACGUUCGACCCGCAAGAAUCGCCUCCCAUCUCGCCCGCAAGCUCUUACACCAGCCCUUACAUUCACAUCAGCGAUUGUGUUUCUGGCCGCAGUCUAAACUUCAACAGACUAAACCCUGUAAACUCAUCUCAGUUUCAAGGAUACUAUUCCGCGCCGAGACGAUACGCCCAGUCGCCACCCCGAUCACCGACUACGACCGACGCGGACAGUGCAACAGACGAUGAUUCGAUCGUGCACACGCCAAGCGUUAACUCUGCCAUUUUUCUGUCAUCAAGCAAGAAUUCAUUGAACAGUGCACACGAAGCAGACAUCCAACCCCGGACGAUACAGACUAAACGUCUCGCCAAGCUCGAUAUUAACGACAGCUCUGUGGUGCAGCCGCUUUCGGAGGUGAAUAUGGCCCCACCGAGACCGCCCAAGCCGACGCACAUGAAGCUCGAAAAUCACAAUUACUUGAAUUUGGAUGGGGUAACGGAGAGCACAAAACCAACCACUCCGGUGACUCCCGUGACGCCGGUGCCCCAAACGCCCUUUUCGGUUGGCAUAACGGACGAGACGUACGAUUUUCCAAGGUCGCACCAGCCAGGAGUAGUCGAUGCGACUAAUUCCAUGAGCUACAGAAGUCGACAUUGUUAUUCAAACGCUGCGCCAGUUAGCGCGGGCGCUAUUGGCAAAGACGAACGUGUCUUUCGUUUUGACUCAUUGCCGUCGAGUCCAAGAGUUCCCUAUUCUAAUUUGUCGAGCCCGCGGGUGAGAUCUGAUACCUCGACGAUGGCCUCAGUUUCCGGGUCACAGUCGCAUUUAGCUUCGGCUGUUCCGGUCGUUUGCAGAAAGAUGAAACCAGGUAGGAGGACCAGUGACACCCUGUCCAUGACCAGCAACGAAUUUUCUCCCGGUCCUAUGAGCAUAGGGCUGACGAACUCUGGCUCCUCGGCGGAACCAUCGCCAACGGGGCCACCUAGCGUCAAUCGUAAUUUAAAACCAUCACCACAGAGCAGGCAAAAUUAUGAAAUGACUGUGCCACUUAAAUUGGAUUUGCCACCAGUACGCGGAAAAGCUAGGGCGGCGCCUAGCCCAACUCCCCCAGGGGAAAGCAAAAGCAGAUACGCAACAUCAUGCGACAACAUAACUUAUUUCCAGGAUCAUCAACUUUACAUUCCCCCUCAUUAUCCACAGGAAAUCGCCAAAAAAGAAAUAACUAUGCAAUAUCUCGAUCUUGAUUUAAAAGUAACCGGUAGUACAUCUGCUCCACCAAUCCAACCGCCAAGCUCCACGGAUUAUAAGAGCGUCGAUUUUGACAAAACUUAUGCCUUUAAUCGCACAAGAAAGCAAGUUGAGGAGAAAAGAAAACAAUGUACAAAAGACUUUACUAUUUUUAGUAACAAGUGAUAUGCAACAAAAAGUUUACUGUAUUUUUUUAAUGGUCUAAAGUUUUCAUGUUACAUACAAGUUAUGAAAUAUUUGUGGAACUCAAAAAAUUCAAGCAAUAUUGAAAUAGAUAAAUUGUUUUAAUGUAUACUGAACAAUUGGAUCAUAUGAAAAAUAAAAAAAUUUAUUUUUCUUGCUAUCCCGAUAAUCGUAUGAACGCACAGUAGUGGUCAAUGAUGGUAAUGAUCAAGAUUAAUCUCGAAGAAAUGUUGGAAUUUUUUUGCAUGUAUAUAUAAUGUUAACAGGUAUUCACAGAGCGGCAGUAUGUCAGUUUUAUUGAACUGAAAAUAGUAUUAGAGAAAAGUGAGAGUUUUUAAUUUUGUAACGCGUGACACGAUUACUCGGUACGUCAAAAUAACGGAAGUUGUAAAUAUCGUUUUAUAGAGUUAUUAUGCGAUAUAUUUUUCAAAACCAUUCAAUAGAGGAUGAACUCUGUCGAAAAAUUUCAAGUAGCAAUAUUUGAACGGACCAAAAAUGUUACGUAAUUUUACUUGUAACGUAGGCGAUUUUCGUCAAGUAAUAGUUGUAGUUUUACAAAUUGACUAAUAGUAGGUGUUACUUGAUUAUAGCAGUACAAAUUGUAAAUGAUGAAAUGAAGUGCAUAAAAAAAGACAACAAAGUUUUGAUUUUUUGAAAACUUAUACUAAUCGAGUAUGUUCUUUUACGAAAAUGUUAUAAUAUUGUUGCGCCAUAAAAUUUAGCAUGUGAUAAAUCUUUUUUGUUCAUAGAGUGCUAAAAAACUAUAGUAUUUAGCUAUUAUUAAAAAUAAUAAUGUUCAUCUACAAACGAACUUGAUAAAUUUAUUAAUUC